CGUAACAUUUGUUGUUGUGCGUCGGUUCACGUCGUCUGUAUCGUGAAAAUAGCAGUUCAAGUCAUUCCUGGUGUUCUGGUGGCCUUUCGGCCUCGCGUAAUGGGAUGACUGCGUUAGAAUUCGUGUUGUUCUCGACAAUUGUUGUGACAUGCGUCCAACGCAUGCCACUCGUAGUUGGAGACUGCGAGCAAAGGACAGUGCAUAACGCUGCGAUUGGAGUCAUAACAGAUGGCGACGAUGACCACAAGGAGAAAGUCGUCUGUGAAUGGUUGAUCAACGCACCUAACCGUACCAUUGCUCUGACUGUCAAUCAUCACGAGACUGAAUGUGGAUAUGAUUUCGUCUUCGUUUAUGAUGGUGUAUCUUACCGGGACACUCUGCUAGCCAGCUUUAGUGGGGACAUAACAAGAAGACCUACCAUCAGAGCGUACUCAGGAUCAAUGAUGGUGUACUUAUAUAGUGAUGCAAGCUAUGUUCGGUCAGGCUUCGUGGCACAGUAUGUUCAGGAAUUAUGCCCUUUUGAGUGUAGUGGCCAUGGAAGGUGUUACAAUGGAACUUGUUCUUGCGAUCAAGAAUAUACUGGGAUUGGUUGUCAAGUAGAAUUAUGUCCUGGUAACUGUAGUCAUGGCGUUCAUGGUCAUUGCAGCUUGGAUCUUGGGCGAUGUGUUUGUUAUCCUGGAUAUAUUGGAGAAUCUUGUUCAUUGCAUGAUGAAAGCAGUGGGAUGUCUAACCAUCAGUGGUAUAUUUUGUCGACUCACAGUGAUGUCUUUACGCCUCGAACAUCACAUGCAGGAGUAUAUGUAUCAGUCACUGAUACGCUAUGGGUUUAUGGAGGAUACUCUCUUUCAGAAGCUCUCAGUGAUGUUGUCGUUUUUAAUUUUUCUACUAGUCAGUGGACAAGAGUUGAACCAGAAGGGCAUAUACCGGCUGGGCGAUAUUCGCACUCAGCUGUAUUGUGGAAUGAAGAGAAUAUUGUUGUGUUUGGAGGGCAGUUUGCUUCUGGUGAUGUGACAAAUCAGUUAUGGCUGUUCAAUAUAUCGUCAUCAUGUUGGCAACCUUUGGCUAAGGGUUGUAAACAUUGCCCUCGUGGUGUUGCAGGACAUGCAGCUGCUCUUGUUGGAAACAAACUGUAUAUACAUGGAGGAUAUACUCCUUAUAAGAGUUUUACUUCUCGGAUGUGGUCAUUUGACCUUGAUAGCAACACUUGGUCUCGAGUGCCAGGAAGUGGACUGAAGUCAUCCUUAAGAAGAUUGAUUGGGCAUUCAAUGGUAUAUCAUAAAUCUUCAAACACCCUUGUGGUUUAUGGUGGAAUUAAGCCAUACAAGAAUACAAAUCAGCGUUCAGACCAAGUGUUGGCAUUUGAUGUUAUAAAACAUUAUUGGACUGUUUGGACUGAAAAAUUUCCACUGUAUGGUCGUUCUUACCACUCAGCAUCUAUUUUUGGCAAUUACAUGGUUAUUUAUGGUGGCAGUGUUCAUCACCAUAACUCUGAUGAGAGGUGUUAUUCGAGUGAAAUUCAUGCUUACCAUCUUGGUUGUCGUAAGUGGAGGAAGGAUGCAGGAUCCCGACCUAUUCGCUUGGACAGCCCCGAUCAAUUUGGUCAUCUUGGGCACCUAUCAGUUAAACGUGGGAACAACUUGCUGGUCAUAGUUGGUGGGUUUAGGGGGACUGUUUCUGGUCAGGUGAUAGGAGCAAAAUUAUCAAUAUCAGUUGCAGAUACUGUUGCAAAAAAUAGAGAUGCUAAAUCCAAUCAUUGCUUGAACUUGACAGAGGCAAAGUGUCAAGAAGAUCCAGAAUGUGUAUAUUGUAGGACAAAUGAUGAGCAUUCUGCAUGUCUUCACUAUUUGCAUCGUUCAUUAUGUACAUCUUCUGUCUUUCUUUGUAAUGAGACCUGUUUGGGUGCACUAACUAUGUGUACUAGUUGCCUUUCAUUUGAUGCCUGGUGGCCUGAAGAUGCACCUCAAACGUGUGGUUGGUGCAUUUAUGAUCAGAAGUGUUAUCCUGAAUCUCAGUUGCAAAGAAGUUGUACGCCAUUAUUACCAAGUCGCAAUCAUUUGAAAAGGAAUAGCUCUUUCCUUAUGUCACUUGAUCAGUGUCAGAAAGAAGAUGUGCCACCUGGAUUGACGCUAUCCUGUUUUAUGGCAGGUGACGGUGGUCGUAAGCAAUUUGUGUCUAUGCUAGGAAAUGCUGACUUUGAUGAUCUUGAUAGUGUCAGUUUAAUUAAGAGUGCAAGAAUACUGUUUGCAAAGAAGCUGACAAGUCAUACCGAGGAAAAAGAGUUUACUGUUUGCAGAGCUGAGGGUUUCAUUCGACCAAUUCCUUUUGACUCAAUGCGGCUUCCAUCCUCCUAUACUAUGCAGCUUCAUGUAACACGUGUCAAUGAGGGAGAAGUUUGGCUCCAAGCAAAUAAGGCAAUUCAGGAAAAUACAACAGUGGAAAGGAUUAGUGGAACAGCUAAAAGCAGUGCAUCAAAAGUGUUUAGUUCAAAAUUACCUGUUAUAUCUGAAUAUGGUGGGGAACUGUAUUACAUUGCUGUUUAUGGUGCACGACAAUACAUUCAUUCGGACUCUGCCCUUUCUGGUAGAGUGGAAAUUUCGUGGAAUGGAGCUGCUACUUUAUUCAAUGGAACUCAUUUGUCAAGAUUAUUACACCCUCUGACCGACAAUUACUUGGAGCCAUUUAUGUCACCUAAUUGUAGCAUUUAUAAGAAUUGUCUGCACUGUCUAUCAAAUGCUGCUUGUACUUGGUGCUCAUCAGAAGACAAAUGUUUACAGCGAGUAGAUGAAACUUCUCGCUGUAGUAGCAGAAAUUUGGUUGUGAAGGGAGAUGGAUGUUGGCAGUGUGGAGACUAUGGUGAUUGCUCUAAAUGUGUUGAGAACAAACGCUGUGCAUGGUCUGGAGUUGCAUCUUUCUGUGUACGACGAGCUCGAAACCUGUUCAAUGCAAUUGUAAAUUCUACUAAUUGUCCUUUGCCAUGUGAAAAAUUAACGACUUGCUCUGCAUGCAGUGCAAGGACAAAAGAGUGCAGUUGGUGUUUACGUCUUAAUCGCUGCUUUGCUACUCCCAGUCUUGUAUCACGUGGUAUUUAUGGGCAAUGUGUAGUUGUGAUUGGAAAAUAUGGAGGAAUUCAAAACUGUGAUGUAGUGAAUUGCAGUUUAGAAACUAGUUGUUAUCGUUGUAAUUCUCGUUCUACAUUUCAUUGUGGUUGGUGUUACUUAUCAAGCUAUCCGUCAGAGGGAAGAUGUGUAAGUGGAGACUUCAGAAGUUCAUUUGCUAAGGGUGGCUGCAAAGCUGUUGCUGAUCAGCGGGCAGCAUAUCAAGAUGGCAAUUAUAGGUUUGUAGAGGUUUUAUGGAUAUUAUGGAUAUUAAGGAUGUAUUGCAUGUAUCUACUUACAUUUCUAUGUUAUAGCUCUAGUGCAUUGACAGUAUGGAAAUGGAAAUACAGUAAAUGUCCUGAUUUGUUGGAGUGUAAGUUUGGUCAUUACGUUUGUGAUCAAAAUGCCAAGUGUAUAAACACUCCUGAUUCCUAUGAAUGUCAAUGUAAUCUUGGCUACACCGGAGAUGGCAAACAAUGUAAUAGAACAUGCGACGUAGAGUGUCUGCAUGGAAACUGUUCUAGCUAUCCUGCGUACAAGUGUGACUGUGAGAUAGGGUGGAGAGGAAAGGCAUGCAAUGAGUCAUGUAAAUGUCACUUUCACAGCUACUGCUCAGAAGGACCUGGAAAAUGUGACAAGUGCCAUCACAACUCUAUGGGAGAAUUUUGUCAAUUAUGUGUUCCAGGAUCAUAUGGAAAUGCAACCAAUGCAGCUGGUUGUACCCCAUGUCAAUGUAAUGGUCAUGGCGACAUAAGCAAGCAUCUCUGUAAUACUACAACUGGUGAAUGCCAUUGUUUACCUAGCUAUGAAGGUGUGAGAUGUGAACAUUGUGCUCAGCAUUAUUAUGGAAACCCUACGAAUGGUGGUAUAUGCUAUUCGCAAUGUGAUGGUCUUACGUUGAUCCCAAAUGAAAAGUCUGGUUCUCUGGGUUCAUAUCGUGGUGAUGGCUUGGCAGCAGAUAAUGGUCGUGCCAAUUGUUUGUGGAUCAUUACUACUUUGAACAAGACAACUCUCAGUCAGUUGAGCCUUACCACUUUGUCUGACAUCAGAUUCUUUCUUGAAAGAAGUCAGUCCAAUCGAGCAGAUAUUAUUUUUACUGUCAACAGUGACAAUAUGAAUACAGUGUGUAAUGAAGAUGUGAUCUAUGUUUAUGAUGGUAUACCAUCUUUUGUGUUAAACCUCAAUUCAUCAGAAGUUGAUUUUGACAGUAAAUUGCUGGCUGCUUAUUGUGGCAGACAGCCUGUUACUCGGCCAGUUGUGGCAGUGUCUGGAGUGAUGGUUGUGUCAUACCGGGGAAGUGUUGAGGCACUCAGUGGACAACAGAAGGGAUUCAAUGCAUCAUACAGAAUUCACUUAUGUGAAAAUUGUGAAAAUAGCACAAGCUGCAGUAAAACUAACCUUUGUGAAUGUUUGUCAGGCAUAAAGCCUGUUGACUGCAAAAUGAAAGACAUGUGCUCUCACGUCUGUGCUAGUAGUGGAACAAAAUGUGAUAAGGAUCGAGGAGUUUGUACCUGCAAGAAUGGAAAUGCUACACAAAACUGCUAUUAUGAAAUGAGCUCACCAUUAGGUGGAAUUCAGCUUUUCUCUCAAUCGGAAGCAUUGUUUUCGGGCAACAGUGGACAAAUUGCUCAUAUGCCUGGCAUAGCUGGUGCUACAGCAUGUUAUAGCAGUAACAAUUACUUGUAUCUAUUUGGUGGAUACUCAUUAUCAAGUGGUUUGCAAUCCUCAAUGAUUGAGGUCAACUUGACUUCAUCAAGAUGGGCUCGUUUACAAUUGCAACUGGUCACAGAAAAAGGGCAUUUGAUUAGUGAUAAGAAGAUUUAUGGUCGACUAUUUCACACUGCUGUAUUUCAAACUCCUUACAUGAUUGUUAUUGGAGGGUGGAUCAGAGAUGGUCCUACAGACAGUGUAUUACACAUUGAUGUUAAAGAUCAGACUGUGACAGUAGGCAAACAUUUGCCUGUUCCAUUGGCAGGUCAUAGUGCAACUCUCGUGGGAGACUAUGUAUAUGUAGUUGGAGGUGUAACAAGCUAUAGCAGAAUCAGCAGACUUGUUUACCGAUAUUCAAGUCAUGAAAAAAUUUGGCAAAACAUUACAACUACUGGGAUGAAAUAUCCAGGCUGCUUUGCACACACAGCAGUGUACAAUAAGCACUUGCACUCUGUCAUGGUGUUCGGAGGAUACUAUUGGAGCAACCAAUCACACCAGGUGGAGGCUUUCUCAUCUCUCUUUUCGUUGUCUGUUGCUUCUGGUCCUGAUGCUCGUUGGAGACUUUUUGAAAGUCAUAUGAUUGCCGACUUUCCAUUCAAUUGGGGUUUUAUGAUUAGAGCAAACACGAUUUUGACAGGAUGGGAUAACAGAAAGCCAUAUGGCACUCUAAAGAAUGUAAUAGGACAAGUUUAUCGUUCUGUAUGUGGCGAUUCAUUUCCUGUAACAGGUACCAGUAGUUUGUUUUCGUAUCGGUUUGGUCAAGCAAUUGCGUUUGAUAGUAGUCACAUUCGUGUGUACUCUGUUGGUGGUUUUGAUGGGACAGAAAGAGGAGACAUCUUUGAAAUUUUUGCUCCUACUGAAGAGUGCUCUUUGGUGUCUCCUGCUUGGACGAAACUAGCGUGUACCGACUUUCCUGGCUGUAAAAACUGUGACAACAGAACUGUAGGUGACAAGAAGUGUUCAUCUCUACUCUUUCCAUGUCAGUCAUCAGCUGAAGACAUUGAUAUUUGCCAAUAUAAGAAUUGUUCUGUGUGGCGGUCAUGUUCAGAAUGUGUGUCAUUACCAUCAUUACCUGAUGGGUUGUCUUGUGGAUGGUGUCCUUGUAGAAAUGUUUGUGUCAAAUCCAGUUCUGAGUGUCACUGUGAAAGCCCAAUGAUAUCUAAGUGCUCUUCAGUGGCGAGUGGUGGGUGCAACUGGGAUUCAGCAGAUUACAAAAGUCAGUGCUCUCCAAUUGGUUAUCAUGCUGAAAAUUGUAGUGCAUAUAAAUCUUGUAUGGAAUGUGCUGGAACCAUCAGUCAUGCUGGAAUAGAGUGUCGAUGGAGUGAAACUUUGCAGCUGUGCUUUUCUGCCGUGGUUCAACCUUUGAUGUGUUCAUUUGGUCAGUGUGGCAGAGUGGCUCAUCAAGACUCACAGUGCUUACAGCCAUGUUCAGCAAACACUUUCUGCUGGCGAUGUAUUAGACAGAUCACAUGUGGCUGGUGUGCUGUACCUGACGAGAGUGGGAAAGGAGUUUGUUUACAUGGCACAAUACAUGGACCUAGUUUUGAGUCAUGUCCUUCAUUUACUAAUGUGUCAGUAAAUAGAGUGCAAAACAUCACUACUGAUGUUGCUAAUAGUAUGUGGUCGUUUUUGGACUGUCCUCAAGAAGAUGAGUGUAAGAACAAUCAUCACACUUGCAGAGAUGACCAAGACUGUACAGAUACUAAGGAGUCGUAUGAUUGUCAUUGUAAACAAGGUUACAAAGAAAAUCCAGAACUUUUUGAAUGUGGUCCUUCCUGUGAUGGAAUUGGCGGCUGUAGUCAUGGCUAUUGCUUAGCACCCAACACUUGUCACUGUGACUUUGGAUAUGUAGGACAAAGGUGCGAAGAGUUCUGUAGUUGCAAUAGCGUGGGCCAGUGCCUAGAUGAAACGGUGGAUGGUCUCAAAACUUGUAUUGAAUGUCGGUAUAAUUCUCAGGGUCCGCAGUGCUCAGAAUGUGAGCCGUUCUUUGUGAAGUUACAGCCUGGUAUUUGUCAGAGCUGUCGAGAUUUUUGCAGUGGCAACUCAGAUAUCUGCUUAUAUGACGAUCAUAACCUGCAGCUUGACUCUAUGAAUGUCUCUAUUAUCAAUCAGAGUGAUGUCUUAGCUCACAUGAACAUAACUAACGGUCCUGCUAUUGUAUAUAAUGGACGUGAUAUUGUAUGUAGAAACUGUGAAAGGUACAGUAAGGGUGAGACAUGCUCGGAUUGUGAUGUGGGCUAUUUUGAUAUUGACGAUAAUGAGCAUAACGUUUCAUGCAUCAGAUGCAUGUGUAAUGGGCAUGGAACGACUUGCAAACAAGAUGGAAGUGGCUGUGAUUGCCAAAACAGUACUAAAAGUGACAAGCUCUGUCGGAAACAUUGCUACAAGAGUCAGUGUGUACAGUGUGUGGAGGGAUACUUGGGCAAUCCUAUAGGCGGCUUUCCAUGUUAUAAAGACACAGAAAUUGGCUCAGACACGUUAUAUCAAGUAGACACCAGCACCAGCAAAUUUUUGGCUGUGAUUCCACAAUAUACUAAUGUUGAUGUGGAAGUGACUCUGUGGGUCGUAAGAGGACAAGUUCAUGUUGAAUUAUCAACAGAGCAACAUGGUAUUACACAAGACAUUGAAGCGCACUACAAGUUUUCUUGGAUGGACAGCAGUAAUGGCAGUUUCUACCAUGCCUUGCCAGAUCUCAGUAAACCACCUGUUGUCAGGACAUUGACAGGAGACAAUCUGUCUUUGUUAAACAUUGAUGGCCAGCUUCGAAUUACUUUACCGCAUACUGUGUAUCAGCUGCAUAAUACCAAGGUGUAUAUUUCAGUCAUUGGAGCAACUAAUGGCUCAUCACAAUUUCUCUUCUAUUUUCGACAAGAUUCUUCUGAAAUUGAUUUGUUCAUCUUUUUCUCGGUCUUCUUCUCCAGCUUCUUUUUGUUUCUUGGUUUGUGUGUUGUUGCCUGGAAGAUCAAGCAAAGAGUGGAUGCUCGUCGUGAGCAGCAAACACAGAUAUUUGAAAUGGAAGAGCGUGCUAAGCGGCCAUUUGCUGCAGUUGAAUUUCUCUGUGAGCGCAGUAUUUCUCUUGGUCUAAGUGUUUGUCGAACUUUGCCCGUAGGAUCAGUAGGGUUGAACAGGCGGCAAAGGAGAAGAUUAAAGUCUCAAUAUGUGUCACCAAUAGUUCAACAGCCAAUAGAAGAUAACACGGCAGUUGUGGGGACGUACCUGAUACAGCUUCCAGGAUCACCAUUCGAACCUCUGAAAUUGAUAGUAGGUACUACACUUGUACCACGAACUCAAAACAAAGACAAGAACAAUGUACGUCAUGGUUAUGGGCAUAUAAACCGGUUUUAGAUUGAGAGGAGACCACGUUACUUGAGUCAAAGUUAGUUUUGGUUAUAAUUGGCCUGACUGCGAUUUUUCUGAACAGCCUAGCCUCUAGAUGUAGAACGUUAUAGAUCUGCCUAAAAUUUUGAAAUGCUGUAUAGUGUAGUGUACUCUUGUCUGUUUUAUGAGAUUAUAGAGAUUUAUUGGCUUUACAGUUUAGGAACUAGAUAUUAUGUACAGUAAUUUAGUAGUCUUACAGGGUGCUUGGUGAUCACAAUAUGAAGAUAACUUGAUCUAUUGC